AGAUGACUGAAAUUGUUCACAGAAGAUUAAAGAAAGUGUUAUGUUACCGCCCGCUUCUGAAGGAUAUAUAAAUGGGGUGGUGUAGAGCACUUCACUUUGUUAACUUCCAAAGACGGGACAAGUUCAAGAAGCCUGGAGAAUUGAAGCUUCCCUUGAAGUCCCAGCGUAGAUCGAACAGGAAAACUAGAAGCUGACGAAGAUGAAGCUGUGUCCAUCUCUAUUGGUGGCCCUGCUUCUACUCGUCGGAGGAAGUUCAAGGUCGGCUGCUGCUCCCGACAAGCGGGAUUUGUCAACCAACUUUCUGAUAGAACGCUUGGAAGAGUUCCUGCGGGAGGAGGCUGCCGACAAUGGAGACAAUGCCGCCGCGUCUGUAGAAGAGGAUGAUCCGUCGGCUGGAUCAGGAGAUCUAGAAGGCAGCGACGAGACCUUCUUCGAGACACGUGGGGGCGGUGUCCUGGUGUCCAGACUCUCGGUACAGCUGCCCUCACAAUGUGCUGCUAGCACGACCAACAUUGCCCAGGGACUCGCUCACGGGGGCGCCCCUGGACGGGCGGUGGACGGGAACAACAACAGACAAUGGUCAGGAAACUCCUGCACCCACACCAACAACGAAAACCAGCCGUGGUGGCGGGUCGACUUGGGGUCCUCCAAGUGCGUUGAUCGUGUUGUCGUCACCAACCGCCAGGACUGUUGCUCAGAACGACUGCAAGGCUUCAAGGUGUACAUCGGAGACAACCCGAAUGUUGCCGCUAACCCUACAUGUGGGGGAGCGCAGUCCGUGAGCGGCAAGAUGACAAUCAGCGUGGACUGUGGUGGUCGGACGGGCCGGUACGUGGGGAUAGCUCUGCCGGGCACACAGCCUCUAACACUGUGUGAAGUGCAGGUCUUUGGAGGUGCUGUGUUCGGAAUUCCAGCGCCACUACCCCCACAAUGUGGUCCUGGACAAGACUGUGAACAACCAGGCGAAUACAUCAGCCUUGGCUGUUGGCGAGACACCGGUGAUAGAGCCAUCCCAACUCUGGAAGGUUCCGACCCGCGUCUGGACGGGCCUUACCAAAACCGCCAGGACGCCAUCCGAAAGUGUUACAACGUCGCCAAGGAUCGAGGAUUCUCCUACUUUGCGGUGCAGAACGGAGGGUGGUGCGCCUCUUCCCCCAUCGCUGGAGAAACCUACCAGAAGUACGGACGUUCUUCAACCUGUGGUAACGACGGCGAAGGAGGGCCCUGGGGUAAUGAGGUGUACAAAAUCACAGAUGCCCGGCCGGAGAUUGUAAGCCUUGGGUGCUGGCGGGACACCGCGGACAGAGCCAUCCCGACUAUGGAGGGGUCGGACGCACGUCUGGACGGAAGUUAUCAGGCUCGUCAGGACGCCAUCAACAAGUGCAGCAAACUGGCCAAGGCUCGUGGUUUCAACUUCUUUGCGGUGCAAAACGGAGGUUGGUGCGCCUCUUCAGCCACCGCUGGUCAGACCUACAGGAAGUACGGACCGUCCACAAGCUGCAAAACGGACGGCGAAGGCGGGCCCUGGGGGAACCAGGUGUACCAAAUCACAGGUUCGUCAGCAUGUGUGGCACCGCUGGACCUUUUCUUGCUCCUGGACGGAUCUGGCAGCGUAGGAACUGCAAACUUCGACAAGGUGAAACAGUUUGCUGCCGAUGUGGUCAACAGCUUUGACGUCAGCCCGACUGCCACCAGGGUUGGUGUGGCACAGUACUCUGACAGGAACAGUUUGGUGUUUAACCUGGGAGACCAUGCAGACAAGCCGUCUACCGUGAGCGCCAUUAACGGCAUCUCGUACCAGAGAGGCGGCACGAAGACCGGGGCUGCUCUGGAGUUCGUCCGCCAGAAUGCUGCAUGGAGGGGAGGUGCUGUCCCAAAAGUGAUGAUCGUGUUGACAGACGGGAAGUCUGGUGAUGCCGUAGCGGCGCCAUCUCAGAGCCUGGCCGCGGACGGAGUGGCAGUCUAUGCCAUCGGGGUGGGAAACUUUGAUCAUGCGGAACUCCUACAGAUUGCCAACAGCGACCAAGACAAGGUGAUUGAGUUGACCGACUUCAAUGCCCUGGCCACGAAGAUUGACGACAUUGCUAAAGUUGUCUGCUCAUCUGUGUCAGACGGUUGCCCUAGUGGCUACAAGAGCCAUAGUGGGAUCUGCUACAAGGCAUUCAACACGAAAAAGACGUUCGUUCAGGCAUCUAAGGCUUGCUACGCGGAUGGCGGCACCCUUGCCAUGCCCCGGGAUGCCGCCACUAACGCCUUCAUCAAGUCCCUGAAGGACGAUGUCGACCCGUCCGGUUUCUUCUGGUUCGGUCUGGUGGAUCAGCACCAGGAGAAUGAGUGGGUUUGGAUAGACGGUCGGCCUCUCGGCAGCUUCAGCGAUUGGAAACCAGGAGAGCCAAACAAUGCAGGCGAUGAGGACUUUGCCGAGUACUUCCCUACACAAUGGAACGACGUGGGCGGGAACGCAAAAAACAGAAAAUUCAUCUGCCAAGUAAUUCCAAUAGAUUGCCCAGAAGGCUACGUGUACCAUCCACCUAGUCGCAUGUGCUACAAAGCCUUCGAUGUCAAGAAAAACAACGAAGGAGCGAUCGAAGCCUGCUCUGCAGACGGAGGUUCCCUUGCCAUGCCCGGUGAUGCCACCACAAACGUGUUCCUCAUCUACCUGAAGAAUGCUGUCGACAACAAAGCCUUGUUCCGCUUCGGACUGACAGACGAGCACGAGGAAGGAGGGUGGAUGAGGGCCGACGGCAUCGCCCUGGGGAACUUCCAGCCGUGGGGUCCAGGAGAACCGAAUAACCUAAGAAACGAAGACUGCGCCGAGUACUUCCCUGGGAGUCAUCCUAAGAACAAAAGAAACAAGUGGAACGAUGGGCCAUGUGCCAAUCAAAAUCGGAAGUUUAUCUGCCAAGUCGUCCCGAAAGACUGUCCCAAAGGCUACAAGCAGAGCGGUGCAAGCUGCUACAAGGCCUUCGACACGAGGAAGAAUCACGACGAAGCUGCGAAGAUUUGUAGGGCUGAAGGAGGGUCUCUGGCCAUGCCCCAAGAUCAGGCUACUAACGACUUCUUGGUCAACCUGAAGAACGAGGUGGACGGCACUUCGUGGUUCUGGCUGGGAGCGGAUGACAAGAACGACGAGGGCACGUGGCAGUACGCGGACGGCGAGCCCUUCGGGAGCUACAGGAACUGGUUCCCGGGUGAACCGAACCAGGCCGGCGGGAACGAGGACUGUCUGAUGAUGUUCGAGAGCCCCAGGAACAUGUGGAAUGAUCAAGGCUGCGCAACAAAACAGAAGUUCAUCUGCCAAAUCAAAAUGCCAAUUGUAGAUUCCUGUGGAGGCAACGUUCCUGGAGAGGUUGGAGUCAUUGUCUCACCUGGAUAUCCUGUGACAUACACCGAUCAUCAGAAGUGCAGCUGGAACAUCAUGGCUCGACCAGGGAAGGUCAUAACUGUGAUCUUCGACGACUUCGGCCUGGAGAGUACCUUCGACACUGUGACUGUUGAAGACGCCUGCAGCGGCAAGGAGCUUGGAAAGUUCUCCGGGUCUACUCUUCCUGCAGCUGUCCCCAGCACCGACAAACAGAUCAGGGUCAUCUUCACUACCGACCAUUCUGUCACUGAGCGUGGUUUCAAGCUUCGAUACUUCGCCAGUGACCCCUCCGGUAAACGAGCGAUUGCGGAGCCCAUGCCUGCCCAGCUGCCUGAUGAGGCCCUACAGGAGCGUGACCAGGAGGAACCCGCCGACAACACCAACGAGGGGAUGCUGCUGGAGACCCUGAAGAUACUGGAGGAAGACCUGCGGAAUGCUGGCAACGAGCUGGAGUGAAACCAUGAAGAGUGACAUCAAGUGAUGACAAAUGAAUCACCAAAGGCAAGACCAAUCAUCAGAGUACAGAGACAUGAUAACUGCUUAGCAGGAUGCAUCAGUAGGGCAAAUGAUUAGCAUAAGAAAUGAUAAAGAAUAGUAACCAAGGAAAUCAAGUGUUCAUCUCGCCUUUUCUUGUUACCAUAGCUUAAGACAUUACUGAAAUACAAAUAGCAAUCAUCUUUUUCUUUUUAAAAGCAGUACAAUUUCUUUUUACUUUUGACUGUUUCCGGGUGUCUGUGCAAUGAAAAUAGUUUUUGUAGGACUGCUUGUAGGACGUUUAGUUCUGUUACUUCUAAUUCGACUUCACUCAGCACGUCAUUUAUCUAUAUUAUACAGUGUGAAAAAAUGCAUUCUUCUUUCAACUUUAUAGCAACAGUUAAAAAACUUUGCCAAAGAGUACAUCUUGUAUGUAUUAACUGGACCAUUUGAUCAGCUGUUACAGGAAAUGUUUAACCCAGCAAAUCCUAAACGUAUAUGGGGAUAUGAGAGGUCCUACAUGUAAUUCUAAAACCAACAUCAGUAUUGCUUCCUUGAAAAAUAUCAACAUUGGUAAACUGAGACUGUUAGCAACUUUCUUUUCUAAAGUGUAAAUUUCAGCUUGAGAAGUUUUAAUGACUGUAUACGUAAUGUUUUCAAACAGGUCUUCACUCACAAAUAAUAAACACGGUUUGUAUUCAAAUUCUGUUAUAUGAAGCUAGAAGUUUAAUGAAAAGAAUGGAAAUCAUUGUCACAUAUCCAAGAAUACUAUUAAAGCUUGUAGAAACGGA